AACGGUUCUUACAUCUGGAGGGUCGAAAACUAUAGACAGUGUCGGCAGAGGGCCAUUGAUGGAGUGAUGACUGCAUUACACAGCCCUGCUUUCUAUAUCAGCCGGUACGGAUAUAGAUUAUGCAUAAGGAUGCACUUAAACGGCGUAGGCAGUGGCGUGGGACAACACGUGGCAUUGUUUGUCCAUAUGAUGCAGGGAGUUUAUGAUAACAUCCUGGAUUGGCCCUUUACAGGAAGAAUUGCGCUUUCCAUCUUGGAUCAGUCUGACGCGUCGGAGGUUCGUCAUCACAUUAGCCAGACCUUUGUCGCAAGACCAAAUCUACUGGCCUUCCAGAGGCCCACAGCACCGCGUAACUAUGAAGGAUACGGUUUCGUCGAAUUUGCUCCUAUUGAGCAGAUUCGUGAAGGGCAAUACGUUAAAAACAAUACUAUGCUGGUGCGCAUUCAAGUUCUUCAUGAAUCUUGA